CUUUGGGUCUGCAUCAGGCUGAGAUGUCGUAGGCUGUAGGCCUAUGGUGUAUCAUAGUUUUCAUGGUUUAAAGUCGAUUAUUUUCCGCCUUCAAUAUGUUUCCAUCUUGUUAUUCUAAGACCACGAAAGGAGCCAAUGCAAACACGUCUGUCACUAAGGUGGUCGUGGGAGUGUUCGUCGUGUAUGUACUGCAUACCUGCUGGGUCCUUUAUGGAUUUAUUUAUACAAAACCCUGUGACUCCAACAGAGGUGACAGCUGCAUUUCCCCAUUUGUUGCUGAAAAUUCUCAGCUCAGCAUUUUCUCAACAUUAGAUCCCAGCGAUGUACAAGGACACAAACUGCUCCAUCAGGAAAACGAGUUUCAUAUCCUCACUAAAUUUGAGAGAAAAUUGAAUGUGUCACUCCCAGAGGCAGCCCGAAGCAAUGGACCUCUGUUUGCAGUAAUAUAUGUGCACAGUGGCAAAGGCCCCCCCUGGGAGGAUAGCCAGCAUGUGAGCUAUGUUACCAGACUCACCUCCCAAACAACACAUUAUCCGCCUAAGACGACCACCAGCCUGAAUGGCCAUACUGCACAGGACACAGACGAGCUGCCGCAGCCAGCUCCUGGCUCUGUGCCAACUGCACCUGUCUCCCACUGGCACUCGCGGCUCAGCCUCAGCAUCAUGGCAGAGUUCAGCUUCAGCAAAGGGGGUGUGCCAAGUGAUGUGCGUCGCUAUUUGAAAGUGGUGGAAGAAGGGAAGAAGAAGAUGUACCUGCCCCUGAUGGUUGUUGAUGAGUUACAGAUCAGAAUGAGGGACUUCAUUGAGAUAAAUGAGUCUACAGCUGAGGUCCAUUUAACAGUAAACUACGAAAAUAUCUCUCUGAGGAAGUUCAGAUUGCGGAGCCAUUUGAGAGAUGUAAUUUAUUCUCUGAAACAAUUUGGGUUUACAGAGCACCAGGUCGAUGAAAUCAAAGGUGUGAUUACGGACACAAACGGAUACGUAUUGGCUUUCACCAUUUUUGCAGCUAUACUUAAUCUUCUGUUUGAGUUUCUCGCUAUUAAAAAUGACUUCAGCUUCUGGAGGAAGAAGACGACCAUGGCCGGCAUGUCUAAAAGAUCAGUGCUGUGGCGCUGUUUCAGCACGUUGGUCAUUUUCCUCCACCUGCUGGGGGACCAGAAGGGCUGGCUGCUGCUGAUACCCACUGGAGUGGGUGUGGUGCUGGAGCUCUGGAAACUUAAGAGGGCCUUCAGCAUUCAGGAUGACAAAUUUGAAGAACUAGAGAGAGUAACCUCAGGCUAUGAUUCACAGGGAAUGCGAUUCCUUUCAUAUCUGCUGUGUCCACUUUGUGUCAGUGGAGUUACCUACUCAUUCUUAUACGUGAAGAACAAAAGUUGGUAUUCUUGGUUUAUCAGCAGCCUUGUUACAGGAGUAUACGCCUUGGGCUUUCUCUCUGGAUUUCCUCAGCUUUAUGUGAACUACAAGUUGAAAUCAGUUGAACAUUUGCAGUCUUCAAUCUAUAUGUACAAGGGGAUGAGUACCUUUCUCAAUGACAUCCUCAGCACCAUCCUCACGGUGCCAUCACACCCUCUGGCCUGCUUCAGGGACGAUGUCAUCUUCCUCCUUCACCUCUACCAGAGGAGGCUGUACCCUGUCAGAAAAACACGUGGUCGAGAAUAUGGAGUGAGCUGCAGGCAGAGACUGAAAGGGAAGCCCCAUGAGGACUGAGUGUCCCCAGACAAGCAGAAGGAGGCCACGCUGGAGCUCGACUGUUCAGGGUCUUUGAAGAAGCACGACUGGAGUAGGGAGCCCGAGCAAGUUGCCUGUAUUGAUGUUCCAGAAACGUCUUGCCCUAGCAUGCUGUUCUGGAAACAUUUUUUUUGUCUUGUUAGUUCAGGUUUCAGGUAUCAUUUAUAUUUAAAAUAAUAUUUUAAAUAAAUAAACAUGACAUAGUUUCUUCAACAUGCUUUCUGUAAGUUGAUGACAACCCUGGCCAUCUGACACAACUGAACUGCAAAUGCAAGUUUAUUUUUACAUUUUAAUUCAUUUCAAAAUUAAAAAAUUAAACAUUCUCUCUAAAUCCAUUUAAACUGUUAUUUGGCAGUGAUUCCUAUUCAUGCAUAAUGUUCUUCUCAUCUGAAUAAAUAAAAUCUGGAGUUUUCCUCAUGAGAUA